GUGAGAGAAAAAAAAUAUUUUCUAGCUUUCUUUUUCAAUUAUAUUUUUGUAUUCCGAUUUUAUGGAGGCAGCACCCUCAGCACCCCUACUUACUGCUGCUAUACCUACAGGUACAACAUGUCCAUAAUUUUGAUUUAGAAAUCAGACUUUACCUUAACAGGGCAGGGUUAGUUUCAGUUUCAGAAAUUCAAGAAUUGAAUUUGACUUCUAGGCUAGGACAAGGAAAAUGUAGCUCUGCAGGAGCGUAGGCUAUAAUUUGAAGGCGACUUGGGAGGACUUUAACAUUUUGGGCCCGUGGCCGCACAGGAAUAAAGGAAGGACACUUUUGAGUACGAGCGAGGAAGGUGCUGCGGUUGCGAAGUCAUAGCCAUAGCCAUGGCGUAAAUCGGAAAUGCUAAACGUAUGGUCGAGGUAAAAAUGGAUCACCACGAAGAGGAACACGAAUUGAAAGUUAAGGCAACAGUAUCAACAUGAAAAAUAGGUCAUAACCCUCCCAUGCUGUACAAGAAAGCCCAGACAGUAAUAGAGCAUGGACCAGGCCUUUCCCAGCCUCCAGACCCCAGCCACUAGUCCAUUUGAACCCAACACAGGAGAGCUCCAGCUCAGGGUGGACUUCUUCAGAAAGUUGGGCUACUCCCCCAUGGAAGUUCGGUCCGCCCUUCUUAAGCUAGGCCUGAGUACAGACACCAACUCUGUACUGGGGGAGCUGGUCCGCAGUGGAGCCAGCACUAGUACUUCUAACUCAACCAUCCCUGAGAGUGGUGACGAUACUACUGGCCCCACAAGCCACACAGGCUCCAGCAUGGCCUCCUCUAGGAACCAUGGCCCCAAGAGAGACAGACCAGUCCCAUUACUGGAAGACAGGCGGGACACAGACAGUGAACUGAAACCUAUCGUUAUUGACGGCAGCAAUGUGGCCAUGAGUCAUGGUAACAAACAAGUGUUCUCCUGUAGGGGAAUUGAGUUGGCAGUGAUCUAUUUCCUGGAUAGAGGUCACUCAACGGUCAUUGUGUUUGUGCCCUCAUGGCGCAAGGAGCAGCCCAGGCCUGAUGUCCCCAUCACAGACCAACACAUUCUAAUGGAGCUAGAGAAGAAGAAGAUAGUUGUCUUCACGCCCUCGAGACGCGUCGGUGGUAAACGGGUGGUCUGCUACGACGACCGUUUUAUUGUGAAGCAUGCCUACGAGUCGGACGGCGUGAUCGUGUCCAACGACACCUAUAGGGACCUGCAGGGAGAGCGUCCGGAGUGGAAGCGCUGUAUCGAGGAGAGGCUGCUUAUGUACUCUUUCGUCAAUGACAAAUUCAUGCCCCCAGAUGACCCGCUUGGUCGUCAUGGUCCCAGUCUGGAGAACUUCCUUCGGAAGAAGCCUCUGCUGCCAGAACACAAGCGCCAACUCUGUCCUUAUGGUAAAAAGUGCACCUAUGGCGUGAAGUGUAAGUUCUACCACCCUGAGCGCACUCACCAAUCCCACUCCUCGUUGGCUGACGAGCUCAGGGAGAAGGCAAGGCUCUCCUCUGAAAAAGAGGACCGGAAUCCCAUGAUGUCACACCUGAGGGGCCCCCAGGCCGACCCGGGAUCCUUUCCCUCCUAUUCUCUGGAGAAUGACCUGGAGCACAGGUUGACGUUAGAGCACCGCGGUUCCCUGAGGGAGGGUCCCAAGAGCCAGGUAACUGAGAACAUGUUGCUAUACUGGGAUGGGCCACGCUCCAGUAGGAAUCAGCAGGCUCGCAGCCCCACAGCAGUAGGCCAAGGACAGAUGGACUGGCCCAGUAUGCUCUCCCCCUCCACUACUACUGACCUCCCCUAUGCCAGCAUCUCCCAUGAGUGCCUGGACUCUGGUUUUGGCUCCUAUGAGAGCCAGAGCCAGUACUCGGAUGUGUCCCAAGGCCACAGCAAGGCCUUCAGGCCCAGGCAGCAGCAGGGCUUCCCCUCUGGUUCCAGACAUCCAGGCAUACAUCCAGAGAGGCUGGCCCAGGACAGCCCCCAGCCCUGCAGGUGUUUCCAUUUGGCUCCCUCCUCAGGUCCCCAGCAGCAGCACCACAGCAACCCACACCUCGAGUCCCACUCCCAAUCCCAGCUGAGGUAUGACACCUACUCGCCUCCUCUGUUCCCACCCAACAUGCACCACUACAGCCUCCCCUGCAACUUCCAGCAAGACGGGGUGGGGGCACACCAUUUCCACCCACAUCAGCACCCCCAGAAGUACUGGUCAGACCCCUUCCAUGGCGGGGUCCCCCAGGCUAGGGCAUCCUGUAGCCUCCCCCCCGGCCCCAACCCUACCCCGCAUGGAGCCCCCCACUCAUGCUCCUCUUACAGGAAUCAGCAGGAACACGACUCCUGGGCCCAGCCACCUCCACCUUCUGCCUUUGACACAGAGAGAGAGGAGCUCCGUAAGAAACUGCAGGCCAUUUUCAACCCCCACCAGGUGGAUACGGUCAUGGAGAUGUUCCCUCACCUGAUGGACGCCCAGAAGCUGGCUGCAGAGAUCCUCAACCUCAAAUCUCAGAGAGGUGCCUUCUGAUGCCUCUAAGCAUCUUGUCUAAGGGGUUGAUUCAGGGUUGAGAUAAGCUUGCACAACUCUUAACUUCCAUGUAAAUCAUUCAUUGAUGUCAAUGGGAUACUUGGGUGAAAAUGUGCCUUGGGUAAUUCUCUUGCUCUUUUCCUUUAAUUUACUCUAACGGUUUGAACUGUUUUGAAUGUGAAAGGGCAACAUUUUGUUGUUGAUGUUGUCCUUCCUUCGCGAUCAUGUUCUUGCAUAGCUUAUGUGAAAUCCAUGACAGGUAGUGUGUUCACAGUUUGGGAGAAGUGUGGAGAAUCGGCAUGAAUCCCCUGCCGUGUUUAACUGGAUUAUUUGAGAUUUUGACUUAUUGAAGUUGUAUACAUUUAUAACAGUGUAGUCAAAUCUUGCCUUUAGACUCAGUACCACGGCAAAAGUGAAUCUAGAGCGUUUGACUGUUGAUGCAUAUUGUAUCAUCAUUUGGGAUAUACGGUAUGUGAUCUCUCGUUUGUCCGAAAUUCAGCUCUCAUGCAAUAAGAAAUAAUUGUCUAAAAUAAUGUCCUUGUCUAAAAUGUCACCUUUUUACUGUUUUUUUUAUAUUGUGGUUCUGAUGGCCAUAAUGUAUUUCCUGUCUCAUAGACACAUAUUCAGUUUUCCAUCUCUUUAUGCAGUGUGGAAUGCAAUGGUAUACCUUUUUCCGUGUAUAAAGCUACGCCCAAAGAGCCCCAACCACUAUGCAGUAUCCUUUUAACCAAGAGUAUAUGUGGAAGAAGCUGCCAAAGAACUGAAUGAAUGUUUUAGAAGCACUUUGUCAUUGAUCCAAAUGUUCUAAUUCCCUCAUAGACCAGAAUGUGACUUUUUCAGCAAGAUUGAUGUAUGAAAAUAUGUGUACUGUAAUAUGGCUUGUGAGGGUCUCUUGUAUCACCAAAGACUGGGUAAAUCCAAUAGAUAUUUUAAAGUAACUGUCCAGUGUUUCCCGAUUUCUAUGAAAUAUGACCUAUAAUUAAUUACAAUACAGUACGAGUGAAAUGGUUUUCCUUCCAAAAUGUUUUAAGUAGGUUAAAAAGCAGCUUUUCUGUGUUGGAAUGGUGUGGGCGUACCCCAACAGAAUGGUGUGAGCGUACCCCAACAGAAUGGUGUGAGCGUACCCCAACAGAAUGGUGUGAGCGUACCCCAACAGAAUGGUGUGGGCGUACCCCAACAGAAUGGUGUGGGCGUACCCCAACAGAAUGGUGUGAGCGUAUAUCAUUUUUUUAUAUUCAUGCGAAUAGACUGCUGAUUGGCUAUCUCAAGCUCCUCAGGAGGAUGACAACAUCCUCUGAGGAAAUAUUUUAUAAAAUGCUUGCUGUUUGUUUGAGUUUAAGGGUAUUUUCUUAAUGGUUUCUCCAAUUUAUGCUUUGGCCACAUACGAGUAUAAUAUGAGUCAUCAACAUUAUUUGGGUAUGAGUGAACAGAAUAUUAACUUUUUUUAAAAGUGAGAUUUCCACUGGACAAUUACUUUAACAAUGUUUCUAUAUUAGUUGUUGGCUAUCCACUUUAUAGAUUUUUAAGUGCCUAAAUAUGUCAAAUGUAUAAAUCAAUUAUCAUGGACAUUUGGAGUAGAGUUCUUGGUCUAAACAAAUUGUUAAACUUUUUAUUUUUUAUUUUAAACUGUUUAUUUUACAGCAUGGUAAGUACUAGCUAGGUAUUUAAAGUCAGAAUGUUGUUAUUAUUAUGAAGCUGGUGGUACCAAGAGAUAGCAUAUCAGGUUAUUAGUGUUAAUGCAGUCAUAACUACAUGGUACUUUAAAUAAUUAACAGGUAACACUAGGCAUUUUAUUUCAAUGCAAAUAUUAUAUAUUUUUUAGAGUAGGCCACUUUUUCUUCAGACUACAAAUAGGUACUAUACCAAAUAGUUCAAUUUGUUGCCAAGUACUUUCCAGUACCUAGUACUUAUCUGUAAUAAAGGGUUGCUCACU